ACGUCUCCUUCCUCGCACACAGCGUUUCACAUAGCAAACCGAAAGCUCCAUUGAAGCCCAGACAGAAACAUCGUAAAGUAGGAAGCAAAAAUAUAUAUAACCUCAAGAAUUGAAAAUGGGUGCUUUGGUGAAGCUUGUUGACGCCACACUCUUCGUCUUCUUCGUCGUAAUUGCGCUUGCAGCGCCCUUAAUCGACGCGCAGACAUGUCUGCCUCAGAGCCUCUUCCCAAGCGUGUUGGUUGAGCUCAAGAGCUGGUACGCGCGCCAAUAUGGCGAUUAUCUCGUGACCCAGAAGCCCCAUUUCUUUGUUGGGAUCGUUUGGCUCGAGCUGCUCUUUCAGUGGCCUCUUUCAAUUGCCAACCUGUACGGAAUUUUGACUGCCAAGUCUUGGUUCAACACCACCUGCUUGAUCUAUGGCGUUUCUGUGUUCACCUCCAUGGUUACUAUAUUAUCAGAACUGGUUCAAUCCGGCAAGGCUUCUGAUAAGCUGUUAUAUUUGUACUUCCCUUUUCUGGGGUUAGGUGUUUUGGCCAUACUGCGUGGGCUGCUGCCACCAUCCAGCACGACUAGUUCUAGGAUUGGCAAGAAACCUACAUUGGGUAGGAAAAAGAAGGCUUGAGAUACAACUGACUGACUGACUGACUGAGUUUUUGUAAGAGUGUCAUAUUUUUCACUUUAUGAGAUCGAGUCCACAAUGUAUCGAUGAAACUCUUUUAAUGGAUGAUUGGAAGGUUUUGACAAUUGUAUUUCAGUUUA